AUGAUUCUUUGGGGAAACGCAGAAGAUGCUUUCGGUCCUCCGACAGCAGCAGAACCAGCCGCAGCCUCAGCCGCAGCAGCGGUAGCAGCAGCGACGACGAUCGUCAGCAGCAGCAGCAGCAGCGGCAGGAGCAGCGACGCCGGCGCAGAGACUUCUACGGCAGCACGACAGCACUCAACAACCCAAACUGUCUGCAUAUCUCUGAGGCAAACUUUCCCUUGCUGCAGCAGCAAUUGCCACGCUACAGCAGCAGCAGCAGCUACAGUAGCAGCCGCAGCUACUCCGCCAGCAGCAGCAGCAGCAGCAAAGGCGACGGGCAGGCUGAGCUUGCUUCAUGCGGUAGCGGCGAAGAACCCCCAUCGGCAGCAGCAGCAACAGCAGCAACAGGAACAGCAGCAGCAGCAGCAGCAGCAGCAGCAGCAGCUAAGCCAUUGA